AUGUCUGUCCCCUGGCCAUUUACCCCCAGCCGGACCAAGGGAAUGGUGGCCUGCCGGGCGGAGGCCCUCCUCUGGGUCGGCGGCAGCGUGGCUGUGUCCCCGCAGUGGCAGCUUGGCCCACUAGUGGAGCGAUGUAUGAGCGCCAUGCAGGCGGGGACGCAGAUGGUGAAGCUCCGUGGCAGUUCCAAGGGCCUGGUCCGCGUCUACUACCUGGAUGAGCAUCGCUCCUGCAUCCGCUGGCGGCCCUCACGCAAGAACGAGAAGGCCAAGAUCUCCAUCGACUCCAUCCAGGAGGUGAGCGAGGGGCGGCAGUCAGAGGUCUUCCAGCGCUUCCCCGACAGCAGCUUUGACCCCAGCUGCUGCUUCAGCAUCUACUACGGCAGCCACCGAGAGUCGCUGGACCUGGUCUCACCCAGCGGCGACGAGGCGCGCACCUGGGUCACCGGCCUGCGCUACCUUAUGGCCGGCAUCCGUGACGAGGACAGCCUGGCCCGCCGCCAGCGCACCAGAGACCAGUGGCUGAAGCAGACGUUUGAUGAGGCCGACAAGAACGGCGACGGCAGCCUGAGCAUCGGGGAGGUCCUGCAGCUGCUGCACAAGCUGAACGUGAACCUGCCGCGGCAGAAGGUGAAGCAGAUGUUCAAGGAAGCAGACACAGAUGACCACCAGGGGACGCUGGGCUUCGAGGAGUUCUGUGCCUUCUACAAGAUGAUGUCCACCCGCCGGGACCUCUACUUGCUCAUGCUGGCCUACAGCGAGCACAAGGACCACCUGGAUGCCGCCGACCUGCAGCGCUUCCUAGAGGUGGAGCAGAAGAUGACGGGCGUGACUCUCGAGAGCUGCCGUGACAUCAUCGAGCAGUUUGAGCCCUGCCCGGAGAACAAGAGUAAGGGGACCAUGGGCAUUGACGGUUUCACCAACUACACCCGGAGCCCCGCUGGCGACAUCUUCAACCCGGAGCACCACCGUGUGCACCAGGACAUGACGUGGCCGCUGAGCCACUACUUUAUCACCUCGUCUCACAACACCUACCUCGUGGGCGACCAGCUCAUGUCCCAGUCGAGGGUGGACAUGUACGCCUGGGUCCUGCAGGCCGGCUGCCGCUGCGUGGAGGUGGACUGCUGGGAUGGGCCCGACGGGGAGCCCAUUGUGCACCACGGCUACACUCUGACCUCCAGGAUCCUCUUCAAAGACGUCAUUGAAACCAUCAACAAAUACGCUUUUGUCGAGAACGAGUAUCCAGUGAUCCUGUCCAUCGAGAACCACUGCAGUGUCGUCCAGCAGAAGAAGAUGGCCCAGUAUCUGACCGACAUCCUUGGGGACAAGCUGGACUUGUCAUCAGUAAGCAGUGAGGAUGCCACCAUGCUACCCUCUCCACAGAUGCUCAAGGGCAAGAUCCUGGUGAAGGGCAAGAAGCUCCCAGCCAGCAUCAGCGAGGAUGCUGAGGAGGGCGAGGUGUCUGAUGAGGACAGUGCAGACGAGAUCGAUGAUGACUGCAAGCUCCUCAACGGGGAUGCCUCCACCAAUCUGAAGCGUGUGGAAAACAUUGCCAAGAAGAAACUGGAUUCCCUAAUGAAGGAGGCGAAGAUCCGGGACCGUGAAGACCCCAGUGACCUCACCGCGUCCACGCUGUCCCCGCCCGGCCAGCUCGGGCACACGGCAGACGCCAAAAGGGUGAGACCCCCGAGGCAGGCGGGAACCAGCAGACAGAACAGCCGGCUCCUCGCGGGCAGCUUCUCGAAGGGCAAGAAAAAGAGUGGCAAGCUGAAGAAAGCGGCCAGCGUGGAGGAGGCGGACGAGGGCCCGGACUCCCAGGGCAGCCAGAGCCGAGGGGCCGCCCGGCAGAAGAAGACCGUGAAGCUGUCCCGGGCCCUCUCGGACCUGGUCAAAUACACCAAGUCUGUGGGCAUCCACGACGUGGAGAUGGAGGUGGCAUCCAGCUGGCAGGUGUCUUCCUUCAGCGAGACCAAGGCCCAGCAGAUCCUGCAGCAGAAGCCGGCCCAGUACCUGCGAUUCAACCAGCACCAGCUCUCCCGCAUCUACCCCUCCUCCUACCGAGUGGAUUCCAGCAACUACAACCCUCAGCCCUUCUGGAACACCGGCUGCCAGAUGGUCGCCCUGAACUACCAGUCGGAGGGGCGGAUGCUCCAGCUGAACCGGGCCAAGUUCAGUGCCAACGGCAGCUGUGGCUACGUGCUCAAGCCCCAGUGCAUGUGCCAGGGCGUCUUCAACCCCAACUCCGAGGACCCUUUGCCCGGUCAGCUCAAGAAGCAGCUGGUGCUUCGGAUCAUCAGUGGACAGCAGCUCCCCAAGCCGCGGGACUCCAUGCUGGGGGACCGAGGGGAGAUCAUCGACCCCUUCGUGGAGGUGGAGGUCAUUGGGCUUCCCGUGGACUGCAGCAAGGAGCAGACGCGCGUGGUGGACGACAACGGAUUCAACCCCAUGUGGGAGGAGACCCUGGUGUUCACGGUGCACAUGCCUGAGAUAGCGCUGGUGCGCUUCCUCGUCUGGGACCAUGACCCCAUUGGGCGUGACUUCAUAGGCCAGAGGACGCUGGCCUUCAGCAGCAUGAUGCCAGGCUAUCGGCACGUGUACCUGGAGGGAAUGGAAGAGGCCUCCAUCUUUGUCCACGUGGCCGUCAGUGACAUUAGUGGUAAGGUCAAGCAGGCUCUGGGCCUAAAAGGCCUGUUCCUCCGAGGCCCAAAGCCCGGCUCCCUGGACAGUCAUGCUGCUGGGCGGCCCCCGCCCCGGCUCUCUGUUAGCCAGCGGCUCCUGCGGCGCACGGCCAGCGCCCCAACCAAGAGUCAGAAGCCAGGCCGCAAGGCCUCCCCAGAGCUGGUCCUGGGCCCGCAGGACCUGGGCUCUGAGGGGGAGGCCAGCGACGCGGCACCUUCCAGCCCCGGCCCCACUCCCGAGGCCCCGGCCCUGGAGGAGCUGGGCAGCCGCAGCCCUCGAGGUAAGGCACCGGUGGAAAGGAGCCCGGUGCAGGUGCGGCCUCUGCGGGCCCCCGAGGGCCCUGGGUCUGCCAGGAUGGCCACCACCUGCAUGAAGUGCGUGGUGGGCUCCUGCGCCGGCGAGGACGCCGAGGGCCUGCGGAGGGGGCAGCUGCCCAGCCCAGGGCCCGAGAGCAGGCACGCGGCCAUCAGCCAGCAGCCCCGCGCCUGGGCGGGCUCGCUGGGGGCGCCCCACACUGCCUCCGGGAGAAGCAGAGGGGCCCCCAAGGGCCCUGGGUCCCGGCAGCCGGGGCCGGGCGGCCGCGGCUUCGUGUCCUCAGACUCCAGCAGCCCGGGCAGCCCCGAGGGGACCCCCUGCUGGCCCGAGGGCGCCCGCAGGCAGGCGGGGGCCCUGCAGAGGGAGAUGAACGCCCUGUUCCUUCAGAAGCUGCAGGAGAUUAGGAGUAAGCCCCCCGUGCCCUCCACCGGUAAGCCCAGACGCUCCUCUGGGGCGUCCCCGUCGUGGCUCCCACGCUACCCCCGCAUGGCCUGGCUGGCGUCCCCGCUGCGCGUCCGUGUCCAGAACCGUGGCCUCUGCCCCCAAUGCCCCCCAGGGGCUGGGAAAGUGAUUGCAGCUCUGGCCGCGGCCGUCCUCACCCCGGGCUGGGGACCGGGGAGUCUGAGCCGGGUCCGCUUGCCGAGGCCUGCAGCCCAAAGGGCGGCCUCUGGAGCCCAGCCUGACCGCCAGGGCCUGGGGGCAGCUUCCAGGCCCUCCUCCUGCCUCCCCCUGGCCCCUGGCCAGCACCGCAGUCCUCUGGGGAGUCUGGCCUGGGUUCCUGGCCGGGGCUCAGAGUCUCGACGGCUGGUCAUGACAGAACUGCCUGUGGCCCCUGGUCACAGGGAGCACUCCGAGCCCGGGGAGGGCAUGCUGGAAGCCGGGCCACCCUCCCGCGCCCCCUCUGUACCCGGCCCGCCUCGCGCCCGUCUGUCCACGGCCGGCCCCGCCCCGGCGCUGACCACCCUCUUCUUUCUGUCCCUACGCUGCCUCCUAACGCCCACCCCAUCUCCUCCCUGUGCAGCCUGGAAACCAGCGCGGGGUCCUGGCCCCCCACCGCCGGGGGCUGUCUCCCCCAGCCACGCCCCUGGAGGGCCCCAGUGCUCUGCGGGGCCCAGCACCAGCUCGGCGAGCCCCCCAGGGGCGGCUCUGGGAGCUUCCAGGCCCCUCCAGCUCGGGACCGGGAGCCAAGGGAACGCUGAGCCAGCCCCCGAAAGCAGGCAGUGGGCGUGCCAUGGCGGGGGCCCUGCUGGGGCCUGCAACGGGGCCCCUGGUAGCCAGAUGGACGGCAGGGGCCACCCCCGGGCUCUGGGCCAUGUGCUCAGAAGGGCCAAGAGCGAGGGGCAGGUCCCCUCGGAGUCCCUGGGUGGACGGUGGCCCCUGUUCUCCAGCCUGUCGUCUGGUGACACGGUCGUCGACCUCUCCCUGCAGGGCCUGGGCUUGGGACUUGAGAGCCUCCCAGGGGCCCCGGCGGGACGCCUGCCCCUGUGGCCCUGCUUGGCCUCGGCCGCCCGCCUGGACCUGCCUGCUGUGACCAAGAGCAAAUCCAACCCCAACCUGCAGGCUGCUGGCCAGCUGCCUGUGGAGCCUGAUGAGCUGCAGCCCCCCCUGGCCCCAUGGCCACCCUGGGCCCGCCACCUGGUGGGCCUCCCAGACUGCACUGUGGCUGCCAAGUCCAAGAGCCUCGGGGACCUGACUGCGGAUGACGUUGCCCCCCCCCCCCCCCCGGCGGCAGGGUCGGGGGCACGGCCGGACGCCCUGAUGGAGCAGCUGCGCAGGCUCACGGGGUUCCAGCAGGCUGGGGGCAUCACGUUGUCCACCAGCGGGGGCCCGGCUGGGGAGGGGGCAGCGGAGGUCCCGGCUGGGGAGGGGGCGGUGGGGGGGCGGCGUUCCUCCUCCCGCAGGCGGAGCCGUGUGCGCGCCAUCGCCAGCCUGGCCCGCCGGGCCCAGGAGCGGCAGGAGCGGCAGCAGCGGCUGCAGGGCCCGAGGGGCCCCCCAGAGGAGGAGCGGGGCACCCCUGAGGGCGCCUGCUGCGUGGGCCAAGAGGGCUGUGGGGAUGUGCCGGCCCCCGCCAAGGGCGCCACCGACCAGCUGUCAGGUGCUGCCGCCACUGGCCGCCUGCUGAGGCUCUGA